GAUCACGACUUCACCAUGAGACCAGCUUUCGGAGGUCCAGCGAUUCCUGUUGGUGUGGACGUGCAGGUGGAGAGCUUGGACAGCAUCUCAGAAGUGGACAUGGACUUCACCAUGACCCUGUACCUUAGACACUACUGGAAAGACGAGCGCUUGUCCUUCAUCAGCACCACCAACAAAAGCAUGACGUUCGACGGACGCCUGGUCAAGAAGAUCUGGGUGCCGGACGUGUUCUUCGUUCACUCGAAGAGAUCUUUCAUCCAUGACACCACCACCGAGAACAUCAUGCUGAGAGUCUUCCCAGACGGCCACGUUCUCUACAGCCUGAGGGUGACGGUUACGGCUGCGUGUAACAUGGACUUCAGCCGAUUUCCUCUGGACUCUCAGACCUGUUCGUUGGAGCUGGAGAGCUACGCGUACACAGAUGAAGAUCUGAUGCUGUACUGGAAGAGCGGAGACGAGUCUCUGAGCACAGACGACAGGAUCUCGUUAUCUCAGUUCCUCAUCCAAAAAUUUCACACCACCUCUCGUCUGGCUUUCUACAGCAGCACAGGUUGGUACAACCGGCUGUACAUAAACUUCACGCUGCGUCGUCACAUCUUUUUCUUUCUGCUGCAGACGUAUUUCCCGGCCACGCUCAUGGUCAUGCUGUCCUGGGUCUCAUUCUGGAUCGACCGCAGAGCCGUGCCAGCCAGAGUCUCGCUCGGCAUCACCACGGUGCUCACCAUGUCCACCAUCAUCACCGGAGUGAACGCCUCCAUGCCCCGCGUGUCCUACAUCAAAGCUGUGGAUAUUUAUCUGUGGGUCAGCUUCGUAUUUGUAUUCCUCUCUGUGCUUGAGUACGCCGCGGUCAACUACCUCUCCACCGUCCAGGACCAGAGGGAGCGCAAACUCCGAGACCGAGUCCGGGCACAGUCUCUGUCCUGCACGUGCGGACUCUCCCACACCAGAACCACGAUGUCGGACGGGUCGUACAGCGAGGUGGACACCAACAGCCUGGCCGGCUACACCGAGGCUCCCAUGACGCUCCAGGACGAGGCAGAGAAACGCGAGCACAUGGUGGUGCGCCUGUCGGUCAGCAACGCCUCCACGGGCACCAAAAAGAAAGGUCUGCGCAACUUCAGCAUCAUUCAGAACACGCACGCCAUCGACAAGUACUCGCGCAUGAUCUUCCCCGGAUCCUACAUCUUCUUUAACCUCAUAUACUGGUCUAUUUACUGCUGAUACGGCUUCAGAAUCGGACCUGAGGACUCCAGGAUGCGUCCACUUGAGGCCGACUCACCACGUCAGAAUUUAUGACGAUGCAAAUUUGGAGAAUUUCAAUGAUUAAAUCCAGAAAGUUCCUGGUCCUGAUUUACUCACUACUGACUCACUACUGUCUCGUAGACUCUCUCUUUUACUCUGGCAGAUACCCUUCUAUCACAAAUCACUUCUGCUACUCUACACCACACUCCAGCCUGCCUGCACCAUCUUCUUCACCUCACAUGGCUGUCCAUAUUAUUUUUAAUAAGACUGUAUUUGUUAGCUAGUAAUGUCACUUGUGUGCCACCAACUUUACUGUUUGUUUGAAUUACUUCAAUUUUUUCAAUAAGAUAUUAAAAGUAAAA